AAUUGAUCAUCCGCACACCACACAUUACAACAACGUUAAUCAACCAACAACUGCAAUUGUUAAGUCCAUAAACCAUCCAAAAUACACAACCGUUGAUGUCGACAUACAACAAUCCACUCAAAACCUCUAACUAUUCCACCUAACAACUAUAUUGAAUAACCAAAUUAAGCAAAAAUCAAGCAGCAUCUCAGAAAAAUAACUUUGCAAUGUUUAGUUUACGUUCCACCGUAUCUCGUUGAGUACCACAAAUUGGCUGUUGGUAUUGAUUAUGUGUGUCGGGUUGUGUGCAACAAAAUUGUGAUACAUGGUUAAUUGAACAAGUUGUUUCUUUGAGUAAACGUAUAUUGAAUUGGUGAACUUGCAAGCAAGAGUGUGACAUAAUAAGAACAGUAAUAAUGUUGAACGGUAAAUUCUAUACGGGAUUAACGGAGAAUCAGCUCAACCGGUCAGCCGGGCCGAAUCGUCAGAAAACCAAUUUCUUUUGGCCAGAUGAAAGUGAAACUACACCUAAGAAUACAUCGCCCCGGUCGAGAAACAAUGAUGUUGCUCGGAAAUACAAUGCAGAGAGUGGUGAGGUGCGUAAUCCAAAGGAGUUGUUCAAAACCCAACUAUCGUCGAAAAUAAAAUUCUACGAUACAACCGAUGCGUCAAAGACUCCACCUUCGGUACGGAAACAAAAUCAGAAGCGUGAAUUGAAUCGCAAUGUGUACGAGAAAAACAAUAAUUUCCAUGUCAAUGCCAGUCCGAUCAAACCGAAAACAUUUGAAUCGAAAAUUGAAUUUUAUGACUUCGUCGAGACGGAAAAACCGAAAGAACCGACUGCAAAAGUAAAUUCUGCAAAAAUGGUGCACGAAAAGAAAAAAAUUUCGUUUGAUGAAGCCGAUGAGUGGGACAAGACCAAAAAAGGUAUACUAAAGAAUCGUGAUGUUGGUUUGCGUGUCGAACACAAUGUACCCAUUGAUAUAAGCGAACAUCGAACGUUUACCAGAAAUAAUGGAUCGAAAUUGCAAUUGAGCAAGUCAAUGGAUAAUGUAGCCAAAUUAAAACUUUCAUACAACGACGACCACAAUGAUAGGAAUGAAAAGGUCAACGAAAUGGCGAACCAAUUGAACAAAUUGAACAUCAACAACAAAGAGAAGAUCAACUUUUCCAGACAGAUCCAGCCGAGAUAUGAAGACGAUGGUGGCGAUUACAAUGCAAAAGGAUACAAUGGCAACACAAAAGGUUACAAUGAUCGUUCCAAAUACAACAUUCCAACGCGGACGAACGAAAGACAGUCACAACGAAAUUCCUUUCAUGGAUUGAACAACGACAAUUUUGAAUUCACCGAAGAAAGAUAUUCGACCACCAAAAAUUACGAUGACAAGGGAUCGGUACGGCGAAAUUCCGACCAGUACGAUCACAAAGAGCGCACGAAUUUGAGGAAACAUUUACACACCAAGAACAACACAUUCAAUGAUCGAUUACAGGCAACUGCAUUCGAUGAAACAGACGAAUUUUUCGAGGAAAAAAUUCCGGAAAUUAGCCGAUAUCGUAAUGAGCCCCGCAACGAGCGCGUUAUUCAAGUGAACGUAGAAAAGACAAAGAACAUUCCGGAGAAUGGCAGAUAUCGUAAUGAGUCCCGUAACGAGCGUGUUGUUCAAGUAAACGUGGAGAAGACAAAGAACAUUCCGGAUAGUGGUAGAUAUCGUAAUGAGUCACGCAACGAGCGUGUUGUUGAAUUCCAAGAAGAAGCGACACCGAAAAUUCCUGAGAGCAGCAGAUAUCGUAACGAGCCCCGUAACGAGCGCGCUGCUAACAUAAAACGUUCGUCAACAAUAAAUGGUGCAAAUGAUUACCCAAAUGAGGCAAGACGUCGUGCCCACACACACCUUCAAUCAAAUAUUUUCUUUCAAGACGAUGAACGUUUGCAACAACAACGACCUCUCAGCAUACGCGAAUCAGCUGUUACGCGAGUAGGUGUCGGACUUCCAGAUAUUAUAUAGAAGACUAGAGAGGAGGAAAAAAAACAUUUCAUACAGAGACAUUCUUCUACUUGUUUUCAUAUUGAUUAACAUUCGGUCUAACAACGCAGCUUAUGCGAUCACAUUCACUCAUAUAGGUUUUACGAUUUUUUUACUAUUAUUGUGUAUAAUGGUGCAAUUUAUGUAAAUUCAUAAAAUGUAGAAACAACCUUGAGUUCGAUAUUAAUUCAACAUUAAAUAAUUUAACAAAUAAAUAUU